AGAAAACUCUGGGGUGCUGGGAACCAUGUAAAAGUCAUGAUUUAGAUUGUCAGGCGCAGGUGGAUGUCUAUUGUGAUCUUGGCUUUGAAUAUUUCCCCAUUUUUGCUUGUUGUUCCGAUCUUUCAUUUUCCGACAAAGGCGCAGAACCUGCUCGCGUCGCGCCCUAGAUACGAAUCCGUCGAAGUGAUCAGGAGUUGCUUCCUGUUUCACACGAAAUACUAAUCCUCAUGAAGAAUACGUAAGACAAGGGAGCCAAAAAAAUUGUCAUGCAUAGCUGCGUAUUGCAGUACGUCUCCC